CAGAAAUAAGAGCAGACAAAAGAGAAUACUCAAUAUUUUUUUAGGAAUCACGUUUAUUAAUUAAAUAACAACAGUACAACGAUAUUUACCCACCUGGCCAUAAACGCUAUCUGUCCAAAGCAUUCAAAACCACAAAUUGUUAUAAUGUUCCUCUUCGUAACCAUUGCUGUGCUGUGCCUGUUGUUGACCAUUGUAGGCGACCUGGUUAAAUUGUUACAGCUGUCAAAAAUUUUCCGAUGCGUUUCUGGUUCUGCCUCCAGUGAUGAGUUGCAACAGCAGCUAAAAGAGGCCCGUGAAAAGGUUGAACGCAUUCGCCAAGGUUCGGCUGGAACAAGUCACUACACUUACACUGUGAAAUUAAUGCGUGCCGAAAAUGAAUUGAAAACCAUUCAGUCCAAAUUGCGCAGUGAAGAUAAUAUGCAGCGUUUAAAAGGUGCCUCCGUUGAACUUGUGGUGGGCUAUCUACUGAAAGGUAUCCUUUCACUGGCACUCUUCAUUAUUACAGUUCGCAAUCGUUACUCACCGGUUAUAGUGUUUAAUGAAAAUAUUAGCUUUGAACCACUUGGCGGGCUAUUGAGCUUCCCAACAGGUGUCCCCAAUGCAAUAUCUGUGCCGUUUUGGGCAUUAUCCUGCAAUAGCGCAUUCCGAUUGAUCCUCAACGCACUCAAGGGAAAGUGAUUGUACUGGUUUUGGCAAUAUCAUUGGCAUUUGUUUCGGUAGCAGUGAAUUAGGAAAUAACACAAGCUUGUUUAUAUGUGUAUGUACAUAUGUAUAUGACUAGAAAUUGUUUUAGCUUUAUUGUACAAAGCAGAUCAUUGUACUUUUGCCCCAACAUAAAUAGAACGUGGAGAAGAUCUGAACUGCCAUAAGAAUAUUGCAUUUCAUACGUUUUCAUUAAUUUAAAUGGUAUAAGUUUAUUUAUUGUGAAAUAGUUUGCAGUCCAAUAGGAAAUAUUUUUAUCGAACAAAAUAAAAUAAACUGAUUAAAGUUUUCUAAAAAGAA